CCGCAGGCUGUGCAGUCUGGGCUUGAACGCAGAGGGCUACGUGCCUAGCUAGCUGACCACUGGAAAUGGACGUGUUCUUAAUGAUCCGGCGUCAUAAGACUACGAUCUUCACAGACGCCAAGGAGUCCACCACCGUCUAUGAGCUGAAGCGUAUUGUCGAGGGAAUUCUUAAAAGACCUCCAGAAGACCAGCGGCUCUACAAAGAUGACCAGUUGCUAGAGGACAGCAAAACUCUGGGCGACAGUGGAUUCACCAACCAGACUGCCAGACCUCAGGCCCCAGCUACUGUGGGUCUGGCCUUCCGUGUAAAUGAUGAGAUGUUUGAGCAGCUGCAUGUCGAGGCCUUCUCCAGCCCCCCGGAACUCCCCGAUGUGAUGAAGCCGCAGGACUCUGGCAGCACUGCCAACGAACAGGCCGUGCAGUGAUAGCAAGGAGGGGAACCGAGCGACGUGGGGAAGGAUGGAAGUGGGUGUGUGUGGAUUAACUGCAUUGGAGAAGUAGCGGGGGGCGGAGGAUGUGUAAUAUAGUUUCAGUUGAUGGAUGGGAACACUGUAGGUAACCAAGCCUAUCCAUGUUACCUUCAUGCUAUCAUCCCAACACCCUCCCUCCUCAAAUUUGCUUCACAAAUGUUUCUUUGUUUUUUUUUAAACUCUUAAUAAUUUCCACAUCACAUGCAGUUCCUGUCCUUGACUUAGCUCCUAAGCACCAACUUGCUCAAACCUGUAGAGGGAAGAAGGUGGUUUGGAAAGUAUGAUUGUGUGUAUGUGUGUGAGUUAUUAUAAUUAUUCUCAUUAAUAUUUUUCUGAAAAAGGUGAAGGCGUAGUUGUGUGUCACAGUGCUCUAGAAGUAACAUGCAUGGAUAAGGAGUCUGGCGUCCUCAUCGGCAAACUGCAUGAUCAAAUUAAAAAAACGAUGGCUUUACUUUCACAGGAACAGAUGAACCUUCAUCCUUUGUCCGAUUCUCCCAGUUUUGUUGUACAUUUUGGAUUUGAUUUCACACCAGGAAAAAAAACACCAAUAUGGUUAAAUAUGUUACUUUUUUUUGUUUGUGUUGUCAUUUUGUGUCUUAGUAUGUUUUUACUUGUCAGUUCUUUUGUUGUGUGUAUCAUGCACUGAGACCAAAGGCAGGUACCUCUUCAGCAGCAGAGGGACGUUUUGGUCAGAGGACAUUCUGUCUGUGACAUACAGUGAACGCAGGAGGAGCAUUCUCUUGUGUUAGAAUUACAUACAUCACAUGUCACCAACAUCAGUGUGGCACCUUCCUCUAAUCACAUAAAUAUAGCCUGUAACUGUAAGUUUGCUUAAUUAAAAGUUUUCCUGUUUUGUUUUUUA